CACUCAAUGUAUCUUUCUAUCCAUGUCAUUUUGCGAGAGAAACGAUACGCAAAAAGUGAAAGAAAAGUUAUUCUAUCGUGAUGGACGUUUGAAUUUUAAUCUGGAAGUAAUUACAAAUCUUGUUAAAUAUAUAGCUUAGUGAUUAAUUAAUUAAGUAUAUAGCUUAGCCUAGUUUUGUUAAGUAUAUAGCUUCUCCAAUUUUGACUAUUUAAUUUUAUUCUUUUAGUUAAAAGUUUUAUUAAAUCACUAAUAUAAAAAAUCGAUCAGUGAAAAUUAAGAAUAUUUUACCAUUUUAUUGAAAAAGGAUAGAAUUUUCAUUUAAUUUCAUUUGAUUCAUUGAAUGCUCAAAAUUUACCAAAACAGAUUCAUUUAAGUUAAGUUCCAAUACAUUUAUUUAAACAUGUUUGGAUAAACGGAAGUAAAAGUUCUGAAAAUGACCAAAAUAUAACUAAUCUUUUUGGUAAAUUUUGAACACUAAGUGGAUUAAACUGUAAAGAUAGAAUUUAGAAAAUGCUUUAUUAUCUUUCCAAAAACGAAGUUACUAAAUCAUUAAAAUAAUUUUCAAAGUGAUUCGGUACUUGAGAGCUCUUUCAUGAAUUGAAAUAAAUUCAGAAUUCUCAAUUUGAUGCAUCCACCUAUAUCUGAGGUGAUUCAAAUUUUGGCGCCAUUGCAACCAACAAGCCUCCAAUCAUUUCAAAGCAUUUAACUGCUUUUAGUCGUUAUACGACCGCGCACGCGAGAGUUCCGUGUUGAGUGUGAUAAAAUUCGUGUGAUUUUUCGUAAAAAGUUGAAAAAUAUGCGUGAUUGAAAAGGAGCGAUUUGUAGAAAAUGUUAGCGAUAUGGAGAAGUCUUGGACUCUGAAGAAAGUAAAAGGGAUAGCUUGGAUGGAAUUGCCGCCAUGAAGAACAUCAUUGCGCAGUAUGAAUACGUCAAGAAUUACAUGUGAAUAUGAUGAAACUGCGAGGAAGAAAUUUAAGAGGCAUUCCAUCGAUCGCAGCAUCCUGGAGAGCCUGGAAAUACCGAGUACAUCCGUUGGUGAUAGAAAGCAGCGGACUAGGGGUGGGCUCUGCUUAUCCUGGAGCCUCGAUAAGCAUCGUUUCGUAUGAGGGACUAUUUACAGCAAGGCAAGAAAUUUAAUAAAACUCGGAGAAGUCGUGGAAAACCGAUGUAGCACUAUGCAUAUGCUUCUCUGUCACUGUCGCCGUUCCUGUGGCCGGAAGAGUAGGAGAGAAGAAGAAUUUCAACGUCUGCGUGCGGAGGGUUCGACAGCCUGAGAACUAGCAGAAGAAGCCAGGACUCGUCGUACAGUGGCACAGAAUCAAUUUACCAGCCGAAUCUAUAUUUCAGUUUUUACGGGGACUUACUACGCCUUUGCUGUCUCCUGUCAACAACAUUUUCUCAAUCGUUCCCGUUAAAUUUCAUGAAUACUAUAUUGUAUUUAUCAAAUGGUAUUUGUACGGCAAGUAAAUAUUUAAUUAUUUUGGGAAGUGGUAAAUCAGUUAUGUCAAAGAAUGUAUGUAUGUAAUUAUGUAAAUAGUAGGAUUGCGUAGUAAAAUUAUUUGAUAAAUUAUUAGGAUGAUUUUCUAAGUGCAGUUUGAAUGAUAUGUAGGUUCAUUAAAUUAUUAUUUAAUCAAAAUAAUUAUCAAUAGGCUGAAUAUUUUUAUGCAUUUAUGGGAAAUUUAAAGCCAUACAAAUUUGUAAAAUAUUUAAAAUAGGGUAUUUGUUAUGAUAUUUAAUAAGUGAAACAUAAUUUAUUCUAUUAUAAGUUAUUCAAAUACUUUUAUGUGUCACUAUGCACAAACCCAGUAACUCAGCAUAUUCUGUUGAAAUAUUUCGAUAGAUUUUAUUAAAAUAUACUAUCGUUAUUUGUAUUACGAACACGACUCGUGGCUCUCACGUUUGAACCAUAAUUUGCGGCACAAGCCAACCUCGAUGUAAGACAAUGGCUUAAAUGUGUUAGCCGAGGAGAUCCAGUUAGAUUAAUUGAUAUUCAAUACUAAAUGCGUUUCCGUGCCACCCCAUGAAAUAAUUCGAAGAAUCGUUCAACAUCGAGAACCUUAAUUUCGUAUUUCCAUUAAUUACUAGAGAAAAAAUCCGAAAAUCAUAUAUCAUAUCCCAAUGCAGAAAGAACCUGCGUAUGCCUUUGUUUGAACAGACAGAACUAAAUCGUUCGAAAAAAACAAAGAAUCCGCAGAAAGCAUUCAAAUAACCUGUUGCAUCGAGUCAGGCGAAAAAAAAUCAAAAAGCCGCUCGGUCAACUGAGAUCCAGAAGAAUCAAUAAACCUAUUAAGUUCAACGAAAUAACCAUAGCCCAUAGUCAAAGGCGACUAAUCUACGUUACGAUAUGUCUUCUUUUCUGUACCUGACCAAAACUUUGUUUAUUUGUGUCUUAAGUUCACUUUCGCUUCUUCCAUCCUUUAAAGAAGGAAAUUUCAAGCGGGAUGAAAUAAUGGGAAGGAAAGAAAACUAAUUGCGAUUAAUCAUCUGUGGAACGACUUCUUUCCAUUGCCUAACUAAAAUGUAAUUUGUUAAUUUACAAAUCGAUGACCAUUGACUUCCAUUUUUCAGAAAUAAAAAGUCCAAAUUAAUAUCAAAAUAAAAUUUGAAGAGAUAAUGAAGAAAUGAAAAGUAGUUGCGAAUAAGUGUCCAUUUUUAUUGACUUCCAUUUUCUAGAAAAUAAAAUUCUAAGCAAAAUAAAAGAAAUAAAUAAAUAAAAUGAGAUUAUUUUCCCACGGAACGCCUUAGAAAAUUUCCGCACACAGAUUCAUUUUCAUUAAUUUCCAUCUUGCAAAAGAGAAAAAGGCAAACGAAACUAAUUGGAAGAGUAGACUACUAAUUGCUUAGGAAAUGUCCUCUUUCCAAUAUUUAACAAAAAUCCUAUAUCUUAAGCCUGUCCACAUUGAUUACUAAUCCCCAAAAAACGAAAACUUUCAUUUGAAUGAAAUAAAAAAGAAAGGAUAAAAGGAAGAAGGAGACUAAUCUCGAUUAAUCGCCUACUAACAAAAGCCUUCUAAUCAAAAUUACACUUUUCCAUCCACAAGUCCAUCUUCAUUGACUCCUAAUCUUCAAAAGAGAAGUUCCCAAACGAACCAAAGUAGAAUAAAAGAAAACGAAAUGAAUGAAGAGAACUGAAAAGAAACUCAAAAACUGACUUCGGUCCGGCGGAAAAAUUGAUUCAGCGUAGUCUGGAGGGCCACGGCGAAUACGCGAGAAGAAGAGCCGGGGGCGCGUGUGCGCAGUUCCCUCGACCAACAUGUCCGCCCGGGUACUCUAGGUAGUCGUGGUUAUGCGGCGCGGUGCGUUGCACACCGUCGUCAGGCGAAUCCUCGGUUUUCCGUGCUGCGUACGUCCGCGAGACACGCGUGUCCCUUCUAUGACCGGCUAAAGGGCCAGGAUCGCUGAGUCGUCGCCUCCUGGUGAUUGUGGCUGGCUCUGGUACGAGUUCACCAAGGGUAGUGCACGAGGUUCCGAGCAGCUGCGGGGAGGCUGGAGCCGCGACACGGACAGUCAGAGUGCUGCUCGAGAGUGGAGAAUCGCGGGAGAGCCAGGGAGAGACAGGGAGAGACAGAGGCUUACUGGAGGUGAAACACAAGCGGGCAAGAGAGGGAGAAGCUUGAGGCAGGCGCGCGUAUUGAUUCCCGCGUGGCGUUUAUACGGUGAGGUGAGAAAGCUGCAACCGGAAGACUUGUGCCCGCUUCCUUCUUGUUCGCUGAAAAAGUCGAAGGAAAGGCGGACUGGGCCAACCACAUUGGGUUCCUGGCUCUGAAGCUGCUCGUCCUUCGGUUACUAGAAAGGAGAGCGCGAGAAGGUGAUCGGUGGGCCAGAAUGAGAGAAGAGACCCAGGUCUGCUCGAGCAGGGACCCGUCGGCCCUUCGCGCGAGAAAUGAUUUUUAGAAGGAAGAGGGCAUGACGCACCGAACUCAUGCAGUGGCGAAAACACGUGCGCAUCAAGUACGGUGGUCGAGUCGGUGUCGGUCAAGGGCAGCGGGAGCGGGAGCAGGUGCAGCUGCAGGUGCGCGUGGUGCAGCUGCAGCGGGAAGGGGGCGCACGACUCAGCUACGUCUGUCAUCAGCCUCAACUCUCGUCGACGGCUCGCCGCAGCUGCAGCGCAGCAGCCAUGCUCUGCUGCGGCCGCAGAAAAGAGGGCCGGGGGGAAGUGACAGACAUCAGCGCAAGUCCUGGGAGGCAAGCACCUGCCAACCAGUUGCGCCCCAAGGAACCACCCCCCAUGGUGAUUCAGGGAGAUUUCAGAAAGGUGAGUGGAAUCAGCACAGAGAUCUUCAAACAGAUCGAGACCGUCGAGAACGAUCAUGACGCCUCGACAGCAGCGGCCCUCGAAGCUGUCGAACGAAGGGGUGAGAUGGUCGUCCGAGUCAUCGAGCCACGACAGAUGGGCAGACAGGCGUCCGAGGCGGCGAAGAAGUUCAUUGCUAUGCAGGAUCCAAAGCAUCCCAUCCACUUUGUCGAGAUAAUCAAAAGGCCAGGCCAGACGCUGGGGUUGUACAUACGGGAAGGCAAUGGCGUCGACAGAAACGACGGUGUCUUUAUCUCGAGGAUAGCCCUGGAGACCGCAGUCUACAACAGCGGCUGCCUGAAGGUUGGGGAUGAAAUCCUAGCAGUGAAUCUGGUCGAUGUGACGCACAUGAGCCUGGACGAUGUCGUGAUCAUUAUGUCGAUACCCAGGAGGCUCGUCUUGGCGACUAGGCAUGGCCAGCACCAGCCAGUCUCACAUAGUCGUCAGACCGAGCACAAAGCGCCUCCGGUUGUGGUGAUCAAGAGGGAGCUAAAUGAAGAUGAGAGCGACCAUGCAACGAGUAACCACGUCAGGGAUGGCAGUCGUAGGCGUGGCGACGGUCGUGAGAUGCUACCUUCCCGGUCUAGAUUAGGUCUGUCGGGUCUAGGCUCCAGUCAAGACCUAGGUUCCAGCAACGGUGACCUAUACUACAACUCCAGACCGGAGGGACACUGGUCGUAUCAACCACCACCACCUCCUGUUAUCACACAUCAGCCAAAACCCUCUACGACGCAACACUUCCAGCCUUAUGAGCGUGGAUAUCCAAAAACUUUGGAGAGUUUAGCUGAAAAAGUACACUCCUUCUACACGGGGCCAGUUAUGCCCUCAAAUGGUGGUCGUCGAAUGUCCACGGGCGCAGGGAUGCAGUCGGUUGGCAGCAGAUUGUCUAGUCAGACUCAGCCAUCGCAUUAUGGUUAUGGCCAACACUCUGGAAGUGGAAGAAUUAUGCCUAGAAGCGGUUCAGAUCAACAUUUACCUCGCGUUGAUUACACAAGUAUCACCACUCCAGCUCGACAUACUCUUCUUAGAUCCAGCUUGAAGUCAGGAACAUCUGCGUUGAGAUACAACACCAGAUAUGGCACUCAGGGAGACAGUACGUCGACUACUCAGAGACAAGGUCAAUUUGGUACCCUAACCAGGAGGCACCGACCAUCGUUGGAUUAUGCUUCAGACACUGAAGCAACCUGUUCGAGUUCGCCCAAGUCGGCGUAUUAUUACUACAGGCACAAUAUGAACAAUCCGCCUCAGAGUAGCGCUGUCUCGCAUCUUGCCACCCUAUCGAGAUCACAGAUUGGUCAGAGUUCCUCAGGCUUGAGAUCGAAUUCGUUGCCUCGUAGUGGCAGAACGUUGCCCCAGCAACCAGGUCUCAGGUCUGGACUUAGCACAGUAGCAUCUGGACUAAUAGAUCAGGAAGAUAGUGACGGAGCACUAUCAGCGCCCGAACUACCUUCCAUUAGACGCGAUAGAGGAAGAAUACCGUCAUCACCCAGUGUGUUCACAUCAGAUGAGUACCGAGCAUGGCUGAGUCGAACGCCGAGUACCAGUGCAUUGUACGAGCAGAUUAGAGCCACUACGACUAGACCACCACGUUACACUUACAGCGCAGAGAACAUCCACGCAGCUGUAAAUCAAGGUGAAUAUGGAAGCUAUGGGACGUACAGACCAUUGUCCAGCACGCUGGAUCGUUUGUCAACAAGAUCAGCCUCUGCUCAGCAAGUGAAUCUUGCCAACUUAAGAGCAUCGACAGCGAUCAGCUCGACGUGUCAUCGUGGAACAGCGAACCCAAGACCGGCCUCGGUUGCAUCCAGUGCUCGUACGUCCUUGACGAGUCAGAAACCGUCACUGAGCAGCUCCACCACCCAGAGGGCAACGUCGGUCAGAAGAAUCAGGAACCUGCUAGACCUGGAGUCCACCCGAAGCAUACCUACCCCCACACCUACCAGAACUCAGGAUCAAAGACUGCUAGAUAUUAAUCCUGCAGAGUUCCUUAAGUAUAAGAUAGAAAAACCUCCGACUGUGGGAACUCCGAGCUCGACUAGCUCUCUUUUGAGCUCGCUCGGGGAAACCAGCAGCGGUGACCUGGCGGGUGGUGUUAGUGGACUACUUUGGGUCCAUCUUCUGGCAGGUCGUGGCCUCCGUUCAACAACAUCCUCCUCAGCGGCCACUACUCCUUCCACACCAUCAGGUCAGCCUAAUUUAGCUAGUUGCGGCUUGAGAGACCUUUACUGCGUGUUGGAGUGCGAUAGGGUGCACAAGGCGAGGACAGUGAUGCGAACUGGCGAUUUAAUGUUCGACUGGGACGAAACCUUCGAGCUGGAUCUCGUUGGCAACCGGCAGUUAGACUUGCUGGUCUAUUCCUGGGAUCCACAGUACAGGCACAAGCUUUGUUACAAAGGAUCUGUGCACCUGGCGACCCUUUUGAAAGAAUCACCAGUUCACCAGCUAGCUGUCAAAGUCGAACCACGUGGCACAAUUUAUCUAAGACUGAGAUAUACGGAUGCUCAGCAAACAUUCCGAAGGAGAGGACUCCCAGUCAUAUCUCUGGCUACCAGAGUGGCGCCACUUUUCGGAGUUGACCUUGACACAGUGGUGAGUCGAGAGAGCAAGACUGGUGGAGUUCCUGGAGGUGUUUCUACCGCCCUAGCCAUGGGUGUUCCAAAUGUGCCCAUAAUUGUAUGGCGUUGUGUCGAAGAAGUUGAAAGAAGAGGUCUUGACAUCAUUGGUCUAUACAGGCUCUGUGGAUCAGCUACGAAAAAAAGGAUACUUAGGGAGGCUUUUGAAAGGAAUGCUCGUUCAGUGAACCUGUCGCCUGACAAUGUACCAGAUAUCAACGUGAUUACUGGUGUACUGAAGGAUUACUUGCGAGAACUUCCAGAACCACUCUUCACGAGGUGCCUCUAUCAGAUGAUGGUCGAUGCAUUGGCCGUCUGUCUACCGGAUGAUCCACAAGGCAACGCAAAACUCAUGUUCAGUAUACUUGACUGUUUACCAAAGGUGAACAGGUGUACGUUAAUCUACUUGCUGGACCAUCUGGCAAUGGUAGUAUCACAGUGUAAUAAGAUGUCACCAGCAAGUUUGGCAGUUUGUUUCGGACCAGUUUUAAUGCUACAUUCUGAAGAGAACGGGCCGCCUUUGGAUUUCCAACAACCAAUAGCAGUUCUCAAAUAUCUUCUUGAAAUUUGGCCUGUUAAGUCAGUUCGGAAGAUUUCUUCAGUCGCUUCGGCGCUUCCUCGAGUUACGCCAACAGUCGAGCACAACAGCAGUCAACAGCAACUGCAGCACCAGCAGCAGGCUCAGCAACAGGUGCAACAGCAACUGCAGGGAACAUUGGGACGCACAGGGCUGCCCUGGCAGCCUCAACACUCACUUCAUCAACAGCCCCCAACUACGGCAGCACCCGCAGCCCUCGCGCCCUCCACUCGUCCUCCACCACCGGUCAAGCCUCGCCAGGUGAUAGUCUCGUCUCCCGGUUCACCUAGCAGCGAGGAGUCGGAAGCCUCGCCGGAACCGAUUAACAAAAGCCUCCUGGGCGGCCUGGGACUCGAAAAGAACAACGAAGGGGCCACAGCGAACUCGACUGGUCCUGGAACAGAACAGAUUACGCCGACCAGCAGCGUCGACACCGAGGAGGGAAAUACACCACAUCCUGAAGAGGGUGAGAAGGGCGUCGAGGGUGAUGCAGAGGCCAGCGAUGACGAUCGACAUUAGCACGUACCCAAUACGCAUUAGAGUCUCGUGAAAUAUGAGGAUUUAAUCGGGGAUGUGCGCCCUGGAUAACUUCGACGUCUUCGUUUUACCGAUAGUUUGGAGAAUCUUGCGUUUCUUCUCUUUUUUUUAAGAAGAUGAGAUUACUAAGGAACAGUGUUGGGCAUGAAAUAAUGAAUACAUCGAAAGGUUAAAAUUUGUUCAACUAGGAAUUACCUGGAUUAUCUAGUUGUUAGUUGUUAAUUGUUGAAAUAGACUGUGAACAGGCUCAAAGUCUGCUUACAGUUUCUCUAAAUUUAUUUAUUAUUUGAAGAAAGUUUGGCUAGGUUUGAAUCUUGCCCAAUACUGAUGCAUGCGUAUUAAGAGAUUGACAAUGAAACUUGUAAUAGAAAUAUAAUGGAUUUUGAAGUCUGUUGGAACAGGAUUGAAAGGGUUUUGUUGCUCACAAGUGUGUUUGUUUGAUAUUGUUUAAAAAAAGAGAGAGAGGUUAUAUUCUUAAGAUACAGCUUAUCAUUCAGAAUUGUAUGAAAUGAUAAACAAACAUGUUAAGAGUUUCUGUUUCAUUUUAAUCAAAGAUUCUCAUGAUGUGUUGACGAAAGCUGAAAAAAAGAAGAUAUACUUUCUACUUCUAAUUUCUCAAAGAUAUUUAACGCGUUGACUGCUUUGAUUUAGGAAUCUAACUUGUAUCUAACUUGUAUCUAACUUGAACAACACUUGUAUCGUGAAACGAUUUUUCAAUCUUUAAUAGGUACCAGCUACUUGUAGAGCAGCAAAGAAGCGAAAACCAAAGACUUGAGUCUUAAUCGAUGCUGUAUUACCUAGUGAAAUAAUUUUUCCUUGAAUGUUAUUAUUGUUGGCUGUGUUAGGAAAAUGGUUCUCUUCGUUGCGUAACGUUGUGUUUUGAAAUAUUUAUAGAUGUUUUCUGCGGCAGUCAGCGCGUCAAAUCGCACAUAUAUAUUAUGUUUGAAGAACAUAUAAUUUAUACAAUGAACGAGGCUGAAUAUUUGUCGCCAGACGCACAAUAUAAGCGAUCAUUGUUUCCGAGACGAAAUGGCGCGCAUAAUGGGACCACUGCGAAUAUUCGUUAAAGAAAAUAUGUUCGCGAAAAAACGAGAUUCAACGCUGAAAUUGACGAUCUGACGACUGACUGAAAGCCUUCUACAAGUUUUAUAAUACGACUAAACAAAACCUAAACCAAAGAAAAUGAACUAAUCGAAAGUUGUACUAAUAUUUAGAAGAAGAUUUUACUCUUUAGCUGCGAUAUAUAUUAUGAUUUCACAAUGACCAAAGACUGUAACGGGUUCCUAGUUUGAAACUUCUUGCACAAAAUUUGACUCCUAGAUAAUUUUGGUCUCGUUCAACCAAUGAAAUAAGUCGCCAUAUACAAGAGGAAAUAAUUCUCUCUUCCGCAGCUGAAGAGUCAAUAUUGCAAGGUUUUUGAACUUUUCUUCGAGCACAAAUGCCAGAAAGAUUAUCAACCAGCUGAACUUUUUUUCCAUUCUAUCUUGAGAUCAGUCAAAGCUUCUUUCAAAAACCCAACGGUUGAUCAAGCAAAAAUGGAGCCAGUAGACAAGAAACUAACAGAGGAAAGGAGGCAACGAGUGAAUAGUUGUACGACAGUGAACGUCUCUAAACAUUCCCUGCGUCCUAAAUUAUGCACAAAUCUAUUUUACCGACUGAGAAGAUAAUGUCCAAUGCAUUGGAACAGCAAAGAAAGGGAUACGAAUGGAAUGCAAAAAGGGAAUCUCGCGAUUCACCGCGCACAUCCUCAACUGAAGGAGAGACUCUACCAUUUCUCCAGUCGAUUUUUCAACAAAGUUCAUGGUGUUUCCCGGCCGGUCGAGACUGAGAUCUCACGCGAAAAAGUUCCGGAAGAGUUUCUUCACCGGCGAAGCUAGCUGCAGAAGAAGAAAGGCGACAAGAACUGAUCACGCUGACUGGCGAUGGAAGAAGAAAAGAGAGAGCGAUAUACAAGGAGGACAGGAGAUGAAACAAAAAUAAAUAACCAAAGAAAAAACAUACACACACAAAAGGAAAAGUUGAAUAAGAGACAUACACACACGUAGAGACAUAUAAGGAAAUAUGAAGAUGAUGAAUCACACAGACACAACGGUCGAUUUAUAUACAAUAUACUAUAUAUAUACAUAUUAUAUAUACACACAUAGGCUAGUCACGAUAUACAUGUGCUUUUGAUAAAAAAACUAUUACUUAGAGGUUAGCUAGCCCUCGUAUACAAAACACAAAGGAACUGCUGAUGUACACGACAGCUGCGUCGCACAUAUACAUGCAUUAUAUGUAAAAGGAGAAAAGAAAAUAAUUGAAAAAAAACGAAGGAUGAGAGACAAGAUGCAAAGUAUAGGUGCACGCAGACGAUAAAGUUAUACAUAAUAUAUAUAAUGUUCAGCGCGACAGGAGUCGAGGAACCGACUCCAUGACUUCUUGUACAUGUUGACAAUAGCAAACCGACGAACGGAGAAGAAAGAUAAAGGAGAGAUUGGAUCAGAAUAAAAGCGGAGAGCCAGUGGUAGAUGAAUAGAAACUCACCGAGAAACGAUAAUAAUUAAACGGUUAAUUGUAAACUUCUAAACGAUUAAAAAAACAUAGCCAGUAUUAUAAUUGUGUACGUGAAGAAGCAAGCAUUUGAAGAGGACGAGCCGGGAGAGAGACCACCCUUCGGUCAGGGUAUUCCCCGGGGUUCGUUUGUUCUACGAUCUCGUCAACGGGGACACGAGUCGUUAUUUGACUAUUGUUACUGUCAUUAUGGUUAGUUAGUAUAAUAUUGUUGCGUACAGACAGUAGAUUUAAGUAGACCUCAUGGUAAUUAAUGAGUAGUCCCAUUUAAAGCUUAUUAUUCUUUUGAUCUAGCUUUUAAUAUGGAAAACAAGUUCUCAAUCUACCUUGAGAUUUUACUUAUUUUAUCCUCACCUGGAACGAGUAAGAAGUGCAUUAGUGAAGCGUUUAUAUGUCAAUGAGGUAUUCUGAGUCCUCAAAUUAAUGAACCCAAUGUUCACUUUAGUAUGGUUAUUGCGACAAAUUCCAAUUAGUUAAAUGGCAUCAUAACUAUUAUAUGUCUUCCAUCGCAUCGCAAAACACUCCCAAUUCCUGUAUUCUGCACUACAAACUCAGCACACAAUCUAUCCCAAUGAGCACCAUAGCUAUAAUUUUUAUUAUUAAAUAGAACUUCAAACUUCUAGUCUUUAUUUUCAUUUAUUCUCGUGCAAACUAUGCAUCUAUAUUUCUAUAUUUAUAGCUUUGUUCAUUAGAAUCCUGCUGCACUUCCUUACUGAACUAGUUAUAGUACCCGUGGCGCUAGUAUCGCUACUGGCAAUGUUUAGCGCCAUACGGUUAUUUGACGAUAUCUUCUCAAACAGGACUAAAUUCCCAAAAAUCUACCGUGUGUUCGUAACAAUAUGUUUAAAUAAGCGUUUAUAUGUAUAUAUGUAUAUGCAGAAUGAGUCGUCAGACGUUGUCAUUUAAAUUAACUUUCCUGUUGAUCGAUUUAGGAAGAGAAUAAUUUAAUUUUUAUUAACUUAAACACGAAUUUCAAUUAAAUAAUAAAAUGUUUCAAUUUCAAUGAUUGAAAGGUUGGAAACAUUUUUUCUUUUAAAUUAGUAAAAAGUUAUUUCACAUGACAAUUUCCAGCGACUCAUUCAGCACGAGAUAGUAACUUUAUUCAAUUUAAAUAUUCUUACCAUUUCGGGUGGUAUAGAAAAGUGGUGAUCAAACGUUUAAUACAGUACUUAAUGUCCAGUCACAUAAUGGGAAUAGCUUUUUGUAAAUUUAAACAUAAGUUGUUCGAAGUUACAAGAGAAUUGCAAGGAAGCUAUUUCCAUUACAAACAGUAGUUCUUAAUAAACACCACUUUUUCAUACUGCUGAAGACUAAGUACAGGAGUUUCCUUCGAUUGAAUAAAGCUAUUAUUCAACCCUAUAUAAAUAAUGUAUAAAUAAUACAUCGUGUAUGAAUAAUGGUAACAUUAGGAUGAAUGUUCACUAGCCCUUUGGAGAGGUUAUGUGAACAAAAUUUUAUUUUAAACUAUUAAUCUAGUCAAGAAAGGCAAAAAAUAUCAUUUUCUAUAGUUAAGAACAAUCCUGUAUCAAAGACAAUGUUGAUGAAAGCACCCUGUUCAAAAAUAUUUAGUACUUGAAGGGGUUGACUGCUACGAAAUUGCUUUCUCAGCUCGUGUCCUCGUGAGUGAAUGCAAUCUGUAUAAAUGGCAUACGAUAUACUUAUCGUAUCAGCGUUCUUCAACAAAACAUUCCAGUUCUUGGAAGUUCAUACUAUUAGAUAAUACAUCAAAAUAAUGAUACAAUAUUUCCUUUAAUUCUCUUCGUUUUAAUUCUGUUGCUAUUCAAUGACCCGAAAUUUAAGAGAAAAAGAAGGGAAAAAGGAAGGGAAAGUGAUUUUUUGAGCUCGCUGAAGUUACAUAAACAAAAGUCAUCUAAAGGAAAGUACCAGAUCAAGAUGAUAUUACAGUUACGAUGCCCAUAUUACAAUUUGGCGAUAGUUGAAGCUAUAGUUUAAGGUAUCCUAUAAGUUUCUGUGACGUCGCUUUUUGAUCUUAAUUAUUCCUGAAGAUGAAACUUUACUUUUUGAUCAAAUACUACACUAAUGCACACAUAAAUUCCAAUAGGUCAAGGGCCUGCAUUGUAAUUGUGUCAUAACAGAUAUAUACCAAUUUUAUCCCAGGGAUAUUCUCGAGUCUCAUAAUAAAGAAAGAGAUCUGUAGAUCUACAGAUUCACUAUGUUUGGCGUACUAGGUUAUGUUAAGCUUGAGAUAGAAACCAGUGCGGAGUCAUAAGUAUAUAUCACUGUUGACUUAUUGAAAAAUGCUGUUACGAUACAAGAAUAUAUCUAUGCAUAUAAUGUAUUUACACGUAUGCUAUCGCAUACUCCAGUGCGCUCUCUUUUUCCGCACAGUGUUAGUUUAAUUGGCGGCAUCUCGGUAGAGGAUGUCACCAGGGGCGGUGUUUGUUUUGAGUAGCCGAGAUUCGAGGGUCAUUGUAUAGCUCAUUGUCUGUGUACCAUAAUUCGCGUAGCCACAUCUCCGAUCUUACCGAGCCCCCGACUGUUUCACUAUCGUUCGAUGUGCAAGCGCCACGGAACGCCGGUCCCUUCUUUUUUAUAUUCCUCCUUUUCACUGCGUAUAUUUUAAAAUUCCAUUCAUUAGUUCCAUGUUAGUGCCAUUUAUAUAUAAUAGUUCUAUAUUGUGUAAGUACUGUAUGAUCCCUCGUUGUCAUCAUUUUGUAAGAAUAUGUAGCGAUGUCUACUUAGUGUUCCUAACCUAACCUAAAAUUAUAAGAAGCUACAAUAUGGCGAGAGCGUAAAAUCAGGCAAAGUAAGUGUAUUUGAGUUGUCAAGGUAAAGGAUUUAUAAAAACAUAAGCUGAAACUUUGAUCAGGGCUGCAUGAAGAAAUUUUUAUCGUGAAGAUAUUUGCUUAUUUUUUAUAAAAUGUAUAUAAGAAUUACCUUUUAAAACCCAAUAUGCAAUAAUAAAACUGACGUUCGUAAUUCUUAAACAUUGUAAUACUGUUUUAUGAAUUGACUAGAAAUUCUUCAAUUUUUGAAUUUAUGUUAGGUAUAGCACUCGUUAUUUAGAGGAUGAAACGAGCCUAUUUAUAUUCUACUUUUUUGGUUAUAUUCGUCUAUUCAAAAACAUAAAAUUAUAUAGAAAUUAAAAAAGGACCUUAUAAAAAUAUUGCUAUAUAUACAAUUUCUCAAGAAGAUUUUGUAUAAUUAGGCUCAUAUAAAAGUUGAAUUUUCCAUGUUUAAAAGAAUUAUCGCCCGUCUAUAGAUUAACCAGGAUAACCUUACUUUUAGUAUGUAAAGCUUGUCAGAAUAUUAUCGGCGGCCGGCGUUCCUCGACGUUCCUAAUUUUUAGUAAUAACGAUGAAAUCACGCGCCCAGAGAUACGCGUACCAUUAAUUACAAUUAUACGUGAAAGCACACUGCCGCAAUUUUGUAUGAUUGACUGUUGUUAUAUAUACCUAUACCUACAUAUUAUGCUACGUAUACAUAAUUAUUAAUUGUGACUCGAAUCGAACGAUUGGUACGUGUCUGAUGAGGGAUUCCAGGUUAAUAAAUUCAGGUUUCACACAUUUAUAUCUUUUCCGAGCGUUUUCGGUUUGUUCAGUCUGGAAAAAAGUGCAUUUAAAGGAAACAAAAAGCAUUAGAAAUGCAAUCUUUGAGAACCCAAUUGUCAGAAACUGAAUUUCCAGUGGACUGUUGUGUUCAUCAAGUAAGAUAUAAUGAAGAGGAUGAUGCAAAGAACAUUUCUUAUCUAAUAAACGUAUGUCCGAUUUUGCUUCCUUUUUUUUUAUUUAUAAAGCAAAUUACUUGUUGCUAGGCGCCAAAUACUCGCAUUUUCAAACGUCAACUACUUGAAAACAAAACAAAAUCGAAUAUAUAUCUAUUAGAGAAAAUAUGUUUCUUUGAUCAGCCUCUAUCUUCGCCCGAUUAAUCCAUACUUCUGAAAUCAUUCUCUAUAUUUCUUGAGCAUGAAGAAAUAUAAAAUAUAACAAAGGGCAGAUAAUAUAAAACUGAAUACCGAAGCAACAGAUGGACUAGCCGAAAGCAAAAUUUGACAAUCAGUUUUGAAUCAAUUGCAAGACAUUUCAUUUCGAUGAACGAUUCGUACGCAAUGAAAUAUUCGUUUAUGAUGGCCUGGAGAUCCUUCGAAAGACAUCGUAUCGUUAUUAAUGGAACCCCUUGAUCGAAAGAACCGAACGAAGGAACUGAGCCCAAUGUACUGCAAGUUCGUGGCCUCGACUUCUCUAAUUCCUUUCUGAAGAUCGUAUUUUCUUUCGGUAUCUUCGGUCGGCCUCUUCUUCUCCAUUCCAAGAAGACUCAGCGAGCAAUUGCUUAAAAUAAACUAAAGAAGUAUUUAAAAAAUUGUGGAAAAUGAAGAAGGUAUUGAUUCUAAUAAUUCACAACGAAACUUCUGAGGAAGAAGAGGGUCGAAGAGCCACUCAUGACUUCCGUGAGGAUUCAUUUACAAUGUGUAGAGAAGAGAAUAGAGUGGAAGAAAAACGAAGUAGAAUAGACUGGUGAGUGAAAGAAAAAUGAAAGGAAAAGCAAGAAAAAAAAACGAAGCAAGGGGCGUAAUAUCGAUAUAAGAAUCUAAUUUUUUAUUAUGCUCGCAUUACCUGAUUCUCUUGCGCAAUCGCGUUUCAUCGAACAACCAAUACCAUGACUGCAGACGUUUCUUCGGACGAAUUUUUGCGCGAAAUGAAGAAAACUAAAAGAACCCAACGGCUUGUAUUUUCUACCGUGGCACACGAUCUUCGAGCGAUUUUAUUCUUCUUUACGAUAACCCCGCGAUAUUUUAUAGGCCGAUUAUUUUGAUAAGCUCGAGCGCGCCAAUAUCUGGAAGAAGGAGGCGCGUUUGUCUUGCUGCGUACACGAUUCACUGAAGCAGGGCCGUCGAAUUUUCACUGAAAAAGGAGAAAGUAAUAGAAAAGGAGAAAAUAUGGAGAAUACGCAUUGUAAAAGAAAGAAGAUUCAAUGAAUAUAGUGAUUUUUAAAUUCUAUAUCUUCUCCUUUACACUUUGAGUAAUGUGUUAGAAGAAAAUAAAAAACUGAUUAAUAUUUGAACACUAAUAGCUUAUCUCUAGAUUUCUAUGAAGCUUGAAACAGAGAGAUGAAAUUGUAAAAUAAAUAUGUAAAAGAAAAGAGCAAAAGAGGAAAGCAAGACUUCUUUCAUGAGAGAAAAGGCACAAAGAAUUUUUAACAUCUGUUUCACUGUUGAGGAAGCGAAAUUCCUUGCUGGCUUAUAAUCAACGAAACACAUUUAUUUUCAAACCUUAGGAAAGACAUGAAAGAAGAAGAAGUAACCUAUUCGACGGUUCUGAGUACUAAUUCCGCACAAUGAGACUAGGAAGAAGUAUCAACAAAGCCUCUUGGUAUUAUUUUGAGGUUAGGAGCGCGUAACUUCUUCAAUGACUCGUGAAUACCAGCAUCGUUUCUGAUUUCCCCGUAUACAGGUCUUUUUAAUCGUCGAAUCCUAGCGCUAACAUAUAUUGAACUACGUAUAUACGAUGGACCAUGUUUGUCAUACUGAAACGUUUCUAAAAAAAAAAGCAAAAAAAAAUAAUGUGAGAGAGAGCGAGAGAGAGGGAGUGAGAUUGAGAGAGUUUUUCCAUGGUUUUUCUAUGAUUUAGAAGCAAACAGUAGCCAGAGUGCAAUUGUUGCGCUCUUGAAAAAAAAAUUUCUCAAGGAAGAAAGUUUAAAGAAGAAAAGAAGAGAUGAACGAAUGAGUAUAACUAUCGACUUUCUACGAUUCAAACUUAAGUAGUUCGUAUCAUAUAGUUUCUAGUCGUUCCUCAAAAAUCCUCGAAUCGUCACGAGGUUCAUUCUGAAUCAUUCAACACAAACUUCUUUGAUGAUCUACCUUCGAUACUCGUCUCCUCGAUUCGAUUCAUACGAAGAUCCUAUUCAGUGUUGCAUCAGAUUACUUUUAGAAACGAAUUAGGUAUUCCAAUCAUUCGUUAAUCUUCUUUUAGACCUAAAUGGAUUUUUCAAAUCAGACGCAGGUCAGUUUAGAGGAAAUGCUACUUCAUUGCUACAACGAAGAAUAAAAAGCCAAAGUCUGACUCUAAAUAUACCUUUCGCCUCUCCAAAUCCUUCUAUGAAUAGUCCAGAAGCAGAAAAAAAGAGCUGCAGCACCUAAAGAGAUGGAUGGAAGCUAAAGGGAAGAGGAAGACAAAGAAAACAGCUCACGGUGAACCUCGAGACGAUUUCCAGAAACCAGCUUGGCUACGAUUUACGUUGUUCUUCCUUCGUCCUUCCGGUAGACGAUGAUGAUCUUCAAAUGAGGGGGAGGAUCCUGGAGAAAGAGACACAGUGAGCAGCACAAUGCGCUCUCAGAGCGCGAAUCUUAGAGAAUAGUCACAUGAGGAUGAUGAAAAACGAAGCGGAGAAGAUAUUCGAAUUCCUCGAGCCGUCGUUCACCAUGACGUAGACGUAGAAACGACGAACUUCACACUCCCACGUAUUCAGUGCUCAAUGACUCCAGAAAAAACGAAGCAGCCACACAGGAUAGUAAGUAGUUGGCAAGUAGUCGAGUUGUCUAUACAGGAAACGGUGAGACAGAUAUAUGUAUACUUUGAGUCAGUAGACCAAGCAACGAGUUAAUUAUGUACAGAGAAGAAAGACAAAAAGAAGGAGAUGACUAGGAAGAAUAAUUGCAUAUUCUUGAAGAAUACUUGGUUCUUCUGUCGUUUUCUGAGCCCCACAUCUCGGGGGAUUCGAUGUACGAAGCGUUCUCUUCUCAAUUCAUGAAGAAGUUGACGAUGACGAUGAUGCAGAAGUUGAUGAAGUUAGGAGAGAUCAGUGAAGCCUGUAAAUAAGUAGAGUCUCGUUCGUCACGUGUUUGGACUUGGUCUUUGGUCACGGAUGCGCGCGACACAAUUCUAUUCAGAUAAAAUAGAAGAGAAGAGUAUUAUAUAUAUAUAUAUAUACACAUACACAGAAUACACGCGUACCAGGGUCGAAGCUGGCUGUCCUGGGGCCAGGUUAUAUUCUCUCUGAUCCAUGAUGUACAGUUUUGGAGGCCGUUGAGAGGCGUGAGGGUCCCAGAACUGGAUACGACCGUGCAUAAUGCAGUUAUCUUCAGAAGAGUAUAGCUUCUUGUGUAAUUAUGUGAAUUGUACGUAGAAAGACACUUAUCUCCAAGGAAUAGCUGCGAACACAUAUCUCAAAGCCAGAAUUCAUUCUAUCUGGUGCAGAGGAAAAAAUGGAUAGAGACGGAUUCAGAAUGAUGGCAACGAGAUGUGGGCCCUCCUUUGAAUAUUAGAAACUAGUUUCUAGCAAGGAACUUGCCGUGGUCGGUCUUGAUCGCUUUCUUCUUUUCAUUUCUUCCUGGUGGAAAGUGAUUUCUUGUCUGAUCGAUGGACUCGGAGACAAUUAAGACUCUCCCAAUGUAAGAUUUCAUCCUUCUACUUCUUGUCACGUAACCUAGGAAAUAAUAAAUAACAUUCGGUUGUAACGUUUUAGGUUAGGUGUUUUGAAAAAUAGAGAAAUUAGUCAGAAUUGGGCCCACAAAAUCUUGAAAGUGAUUUAAAGGGAUCCGCCGAUCAAGGUUCUGCGCUUGAUCGUUUCCAUCCUUCAUCGAGCAGGGGCAUAAUUAGGUCGUAGGUUUUACCCUAAAGCUUUCAUCGUCCUACAUAUCAUAGAGAAGAAGAGAUCCUUUUGUUUCUGUGGUAGAAAGAUGGGCCUACGAAGAAAAUUCUUAAGGUUCAGUGGAGUACUUAAAUAAAAAGAAUGAAAGUGAGCGUGAGAGUGAGAAAGGAAAGAAAGAGAAAGAGAAAUAUGCAAUUAGGAACUCGAAACAAAAGAAAAGAAGAAAUAAGAGGGCCUCUAGUAAUUGAUAGGGAAACGAGCCGCGUUUCGAGAUAAACGAGAAACACGCUUUUUAGGAUUAGUCGCAGCUUCGACCUAGCCCCCCAAAAAUAUAACUAAAUGGCACUUUCUAACGUGCACCCUGAAAUUUUUCCCUUUUCCUUAAUUAUCGUGAGUUCUAUCCCUUAAUAUAGAAACUUUGUCUCGAAAAUUCAUUUACCAAUAAUAUAAUAUUAAUAAUACAUCUAUUAAAUUGAAUUAAUUCAUUCUAAUGUUCAAUUUAUGAUCUUAGAUCCUUUUUUAAAUGUUGAUUAUUACUUUAUGAUAACCUUACGUUGUAAUUAGAGCUCUCGACAAUAAUAAAGGAAAAGGAUCUGAUGCAGCUCAUCGAAUCAUUCAGUUUUCCAACAUAUCCAUCUUCUGACCUCGUAUUUUCAUAAAUCAAGACGUAUGACAUGCACAUCCUCAUCUAUAAGGUUCGUCGACAAAUUAUUUUCAUAAUCAGACUGAUCUACAUCGAUCUCAUACUGUCCUUAUUCGAUAGCUACUAUCUUACAGUAUUACAAAGGUCGGAUUCUUUUCUCCUUUUUCGUAAUUCCCGCCAGAACCAGAAACAUUUUUAUACAAAGAAAUUUUUAUGACCCGAAUGAGCGACAAUUGUCAACCCUUUCACAUGAGGGUUUUUUUUCUUCUGAUAUCGUUUACGGAAACAACUCCUAUUGCUUUCAGAUUGUUUGACAAUAAUCGUGACUGAUGAAUACUUAGAACGAUAAUUAUCGAGCCCGAGAACUUCAUAAGGGGAGAAAUACUGAUAAAACCAAAAAAUAAAAAAAAAAUUAAAAAAAAAGAAUAGGAAUAAUAAAAUAAAAGUUGAGUAUUAAUUAUUAAAGUAUGCGCAGAUAACUAAAUCACACGUGUGGAAGGGAUGAAACACUAAGAUAAAUUUGUAUUUCAACAAAUAGUUUUUUUAUUCAUUCCAUGUUAAUUGACGAUUUUGUAUCAUCUUUAUUAUGAUUUAUACAGAUUAGUAUUUCAUAGGAAUCUCUACGUAAACAUGUACAUAUAAUCAGUGCUUAGAUCAUCGGAUCUCCACACACAAUAUCACUGUCAAUCACUGUCAUGUGAAGGGAGAAAAAGUGAAAGAAUAAAAAGCUUACGAUUAUUUAGAGAGGAGCCUGUGAAACUCUCUGUUAAUAGAAAUAGCGUGGAUGAAUAAUUGCAAUUCACUUGUUGUAUCAUACACCUUGAUUGAGGAAGUCUGUUGCACAUUGGUUACUGUUACACAUAGAAGAAGUUUAAUGUUGAACACUUUAGCCUGAUAUCGAUGAGACUCCAAGCAUACACACAAUUUAAUUUAACGAACGACUAACUUGUCAAUGAAGUUAAAGAUAAAUUUGAAAGAGCUUUUUCGUUUACAGUGUUUAAAUUCUUGUUGAAUGUAUAGCCCACUGUGCAAUCAAUUUCCUCAAUAAUUUUAACAUCUAUGGGGAAUGAUUGGUAAACAGUUAUAGGAACGUAUGAACAAGAGUGAGAGGCAAGCAUACGUGUCUGGGUGUGGAUGAAUGAAACAAGAGCAGAAAGACGAUACAAAGAAGCCAGGCGAUUAAAUCGUCAAGAGAAUUGAAAAUUCUAAGUGUAUAAAUAUAUUUACAAAAUUGAGUGCAUCGAGUGUUGUGUGUGUAGAAGAAUCAGAAGAUGAAUGACAGAGCGAAAUAAUAAGCAAGGGGAGAGAGCAGUGAGUUUGGAAGAAGGCGAGUGAAAGUUUAUGUGAAUGUAGAAUAGGUAACGAGAAACUAGAAGCUAUAAAAUACUAAUUUUAGAAGGAGGAAAGGGAAAACGUAGAGACACUACGAAAGAAGGGAAAGAGAGCAGAUAGGACAGUGAUACGAACAAAUGAUGGAUGAGUGGUAUAUCAGUAUUUGCGCAACAACAAAAAAAAGUUAAAAGUCCCAACUUAGAAGCGUAUCAUGAAAUAAAUUUGACUCGAAUUUCGAGGAUCGAUCGAUCCUCCGAUCGAAGCUGCUGAACGAUCCAGAAGACGAAUGUGUGGCUAAAAGUAUGAAUGAAUGAGCAAAAGGGAGGGUGGGAACGAGGGAGGGAGGGAGAUUAUAUAUAUAUAUAUAUAUAUAUACAUAAGACAAGAAAGAAAAAUAUAUAUAUAUAUAAAUUAUACAUAUAAAAAUGAAGGAGAAGAAAAAACAACUAUCGUUGAUCGCUAUACCAAGCAAGUAGAUAUAUAUAUAUAUUAUAUUGAAGAAUAUAUAGUAGCGUGUCAGUAUAAUUAAUUACAAUUUGUAAGUGCGCGUCGCGGCGCGCUUUUACUAGAGACGCCCAUUGACCGCUCAUGCGAACCAGAGAAAAAUCAACUAUGAAAAGAAAGAGAAGCACCGAUGAGAGUGUGAACACAAAAGAUAGUGUCGAGUGGGAAAGUAAAUGAAAAUGCGUAUCUUGUGUGUGACAGUGUCAAUUGUAAAUGCGUCCGGCUUUCUAGAAAUUUUGUCUUCAUCUAGGGAUAUUUUUCUAAUCAUCAAAGAUCUCCCUUGAAAUUUUAGAUCUUACAGUUUUCAACAGAAGAUUCAUCAUAAGUUGGUAAAAUAUCUAAGUAAAUUUUCCUUAGAUCAAAAAUGUUACUAGGUACCUAUAAUAAUUUUUGUUUUUUAAACGUUGGUCAAGCCGGACGCACUCCAAGAAGAUGUAGAAGCACAGUACGCGGAUACAAGUACAGCAACUUCAACACCAAAACGAAAUAGAAUUUCCUGCAAUAUAACAGAAUUUAGAUCAAUUAUGGGAAUUCUUUGUAGCUAGAGAUUAUAAAAUAUUCGUAUUCUUCGCUGUUUUUGCGUGUCACGCGUAUUCGUUUGUCCAAGUCGCUUUGAGGUCCGCAUCGUAACGAACAUUCUCGCGAUAAGAAAAGAAAUCUAGGAAUAAGAUGAAAAAAUCAUUAUGGAAUGGGUAAAAACUCUGUUUUUUCGAUUUAUGUUAUGUUCAGUGUGUUCACACGUGAUCGUAAGAUUUGCGCGUUAGUGAGCCAGGCACAACGGGUGAAAUGGAACUUCUGCUUUCGAGGACUGACUUUUUUAUGUCGUUCUAAAUAAAUAAUAAUUGUAAUGAUAAAGAUAAUGAUAACAAUAAUAUUAAUAGUAAUAUCGAUAACGAUAAUAUUAAAGAAAAAAUAAAUAACGAUGUGUGCGUUCGAAUUGCUAAUAAUAAUUAAUAAUAAUAAUAAUAAUACGUAUACUUUAAGGCACGUUUUCACCCAGCGUGUUUGGCCAUGGUAACCUGUUUUCCAUUGUUUGUGAAAGAUUUAUUGCGUCGCGACGUUAUCGAUCUUGAUGACGAUCGAUGUUUAUUAAUAAUUCAAAUGAUUAUCAAUAGUAGAGCCCAUUCGAGGUAAAAAAAAGCCCUUCACACUCGGAGUCACUACGGAGUCAUCUAGAGAAAAAUGGAAUCGUAUGGGGAAUUCCCCGAGUUAUUAAAUACUAUGUAUGAAUAAUGAACAUGAACAUAUUAACGAUAGAGAUAAAAAGUGGUUCGAGUGAGAAGGGUCGAUUAGUUAUUAAUUAGCCAAGAAUCGGUUAAGCUGGACGCCACACUUUAUUUUUGUUUCAUUUCACGGCAAGUAGACUGUCAACCUAAUCGAUAAUAUCAUUAAAAAGAAGUAAUAAUAAUUUUACUAAUUUCGAACCAAACGAAAUACUUCAAAUUACAAAAAAACGUGUAAUUUCAUUAUUCUCAAUAAUAUAAAUAGUUAUUAGAAAUGGAAUUCUAGAUAUAGGGAAUAUUAGGUAUACGGUAUUUUCUAUCGUGAUCACUACUUCCGUUAUCGAUCAUAGGUUGACAGCCUGCCGGCCAAAAAGUGACGCUUGAUAGCGAAUCGAUAAAUCUCGCGCAAGUAAAUGAAAAGAAAAGCAAAAAAAAAAAUGAUAAAGAAUAGGGUUCUAACGUCACCGAUUCCGGUGAUAAUUUAGUCAGUGUUAAGUCCACAUUAAUUCAAGAUGGAGGAUCGAUGGUGUGCGCGAUCAUCGAUCGAAUUAUAAAUCAACAGUAGGACAUAUUGUAGAGCGUGAGAAUUUCAAAGAGGUAGUACUACCGUUGUUCCGUUGAUCGUUUUUAAUAGAUUUUAUUGUGCCGUGACCGCAUCGCGUGCUCCUGCUAAACGUUCGUUUCAUUGCUGAAAGGUAACAAUAAAUAAUUGACUUAUUAACAAACAAUCAUCCGGUGACCUUCUUAAAUAUCUGUAAUUACCCGAUAUCGUUCUGUUCACGUUAACAAUGUUACUAUUUUUAAUUUACUAGGGGAUUUUGGGAUAUGCAACAUAAAUCCUGGGGAAAAUAAUUCCAGAGAUUGGUAUAAUGUAUAAUAGAAGGUAUAGACAGUUUUUUUGCAAUUUAGGAGAAAUUCUUGCUCCUGAGAUUAUGAAGACGUAAAGAAUUUAGUCAAUUAGGUGAUCUUGUAGGGUAUUUUCCUCAGGCAUGAUUCCAUUUAUCCAUAUUAGAAUUAAUUUUAAUCACUCUAUUCCAAAAUCCACAAAAUUAUUCCAAAAUCAAAUUUGAAUUUUAAUUAAAUAUUAUGUAAUAUCUUCUCUUUAAUUUUUAGUUGCUUCAAGGAAUUGUUCUCUUGUGGAAUAACAUGGAAUUCAGUUUCAUCUACUGCUAUCUAGAGAUAUUAUGCAUAACUUGGUACGACCACCAGGUGCUUCGAUCAGAUCUGGUAAUCUGAAAGAAUAAAUUCCCUAGGAAGAUCGAUAUCGAUCUUCCGAAGUGCAGAUUUUAAGUUUUUGUAUUUCCAGUAACAAAAUGAUAAUCGUGAGGUUCCACGGGACGCGGCCACGCUUAGCUAGGACUAUUUUUCUAAGUUGCAAAGCAUAAUAAAUUAACGAUGUUGCAUUAUCGUUAUUAGAGUAUAUUAUAAUGUACAUUGAUAUUUUAACUAGCCGAGUAAGUAUGAAAUAAUGUUACAAAUCAUAGUAGACGAGCUCCAUAUAAUAUACACACAUAUAUAUAUGUGUGUGUAUAUAUAUAUAUGUAGGUAACCUUGGUUGCGAUCGUCAGUUAUCGACUAAUCGUGCCGGUUCGCACUUGAGGUCGGUGCACGCGCGCGCACUGCGACGCGCCCAUUAGCCUGAUAUACCUAUCAAUAAAAACUGAAAACGACGGCGAAUAUAACACGUAAAUGGGGAUUAAAAUAUCAUGAGAUACGAUUUGUUGCGAGUCAAAACACGCCAUUUUGAGUUCCAGCAUCGAUCGAUUGGCGAUCAAGAAAGUACAAUGGAUGCGAAUUAUCUGAGGGAAAAAGGAAUAUCCUAGACGCGCGUACCACGAGGCUGGAACAUUAAUGAGCGUAUGCAUGCGUGAAAUGUAAGAGUGAUUGAAUACGAAUGGGAAAAAGAUAUGAUUGUGGUCUUUGACCAGAGAACAAAGAGAAUUAAAAAUAUGAAUCGUUUUGUCAGUCACCUCACUUAUAUUAUACAAUGUCAUAUUACUAUGCUGCCAUAUGAUAUAAAUAUAUGUCUACAGUAAGGAAUAUAUUACUAAAACAUUAUAAAUAAAUAUGUUAUAAGUAAUUA